GAUUAAUUAAUCUAAUCAUCUUUUGUGUUUUAAUUAUCAUUGCAAGGUGAUAUAGAAAGAAUGAAGAACUGCAAGCAGGAGUUUGAAAGUGUCUUCCACUACUUAGACAAGGAUGGAGAUGGCAAGAUCUCACCAGUUGAGCUCCGGCAAUGCAUAAUGAAAAUAGACUGCAAAGCAUGGCUUGAAGAUGCCGAUGAAGCCAUAAUCGAAUCGUUAGAUUCAGAUGGAGAUGGGUUAUUGGAUUUGGAGGAUUUUAUUGGAUUAAUGGAAGUUGAUGGAGGAGAAGAAGAAGAAGCUAAGUUGAAGGAUUUAAGGGAGGCAUUUGGUAUGUAUGAGAUGGAAGGAACUGGGUAUAUUACACCCAAAAGUCUGAAGAGAAUGCUUAGUAGAAUCGGUGAGUCGAGAACGGUCAAUGAAUGCGAAGCAAUGAUUAAUCUGUUUGAUCUCAAUGGAGAUGGUGUGAUUAGCUUUGAUGAGUUUAGACUCAUGAUGCUAUGA